AUUAGGAUAAAAUUUAUAUCAUAAUAUUUUGUUAAAUUUUUAAUUUUUUUUUAUAACUGCAAAUAUUAAUUUAAUAUAAAUUUAUGUUUAAAUACUACAAAUACAUCAUUUAAUAUAAACUAAAAAAAUUAAAAACAUAAAAUAAAAUACCCGUCCGGUCGGACGGAUCAAGGUCUAGUGUAUAUAUUAAAAGAGAAGCAUUACAACAUUUGAGUGUUUCCAUGUGUCAUCACUAAAAUGACUCUUACAAUUCUUAGAAAAAUAGGUUGGUUCAUCUAAAUAUAAAUUAUACUUUUAUUAAAUUAAUCAUAAAAUUAAUUUGUAAUUAUAAAACUAUUCUUUUUUCUUUCCUUAAACUACGAAAUUACCUAAUAUGAGUGUUGCUAUGUGUCAUCACUAGAAUGACUCUUACAAUUCAUAGAUAAAUAGGUUGGUUCAUCUAAAUAUAAAUUAUAAUUUUAUUUAAUUAACCAUUAAAUUAAUUUGUAAUUUAUAAAACUAUUCUUCUUUAUUUCCUUAAACUAAAGCUACGUAAUUACCUAAUAUGACCAAAAUUUAUAUGAUAGUUAAUGCUUUUUAAUAAUAAACAUUUGAUAACAAUUUGUGAAUUCUCAUCUUUUUGUUUAAUUUCUAUUAUGAAAAUAAAUUAAACUAUUAAAUAAUAAAUAUAUAGAUUUUUCAUAUUUAAUAUAUUUAAAAUUUUUAAAAACGAAUAUAAAUUUUAAAAAAUUAAAGAUUCACAUUGAAAUUUUGUGUGGUCACUGACUUAAAUUUUUGAUAUACCAAGAUACAAAUGAUCAUUAAAUCAUAUGAUUAUAAAAUUUCAUUGAAAAAAAUUUAUACUAAAAUAUAUAUCUAUUUUAAUAUGUUUUUAAUUAACUACAUACCAUAUUAAAUUUUAUAAAUAAUUUUAUUUCAAAAUUUAAGAGAUAUGUAUUAUACUUGAAUUGAUUAAAAAAAUAUUUUUACAGUUUUAGUUUGAUUAAAUCAUCAAAAUAUAUUUUAAAUAUGUUUUUAUUAUUUUUAAAAAAAUAUUUUGAGGAAAAGUUUUAAAAUAUAUUUAAGAAAAUAUUUUAAAGUAUUUAUGUUGUAACAUUGUUUAGUAUGCUGAAGUGUCACCUUAGCUCUUCUCACAGUCUAUAUUAAAAAAAAAACUCUUCUCUUAUUAGAAAAAUUACGAAGAUUGCCAUUGUAUAUUUAUACAAGACCAAGUUCUAUAAUUAAUAUACUAUGAAUUAUUGCAUUAAUGUUUUGCAGCAGGAAAAUAUUAAUGUACACCAUUAUGAACUCGCCCGGAAUUAUUAAAAUACUAAGUAUAAAUGAAAGACAAUGUUACCAAUAACGUGCUUUAGUAUCACUGGUAUCAAUUGAUUGUUUCCAAUUGUGAAUCAAAUAAUAAUUAUCUAUGUAAAAAAAUUGUCAACUUUAAUACAUAAGUUUAUAGAUGAUAUAUAGGUAUGUGUUCUUAAAAUUUUUUUAAACGUUUAAAUUUAUAUUACUUACUAAAAUAUAUCCGAAUAAAAAAAUUAUAUAUCUAUCAAUCUUGUAAUAAUAUAGAAAACUUCCUGAGAUUUUCUUUUUUACUUUGGGAGAUAUUUAACCAACUAUAACUUAAUAUGAAAAGACCUAUAUUGUUUUCUAUUUAUUAACAUCUAUUAUAUUAAAACAGAAGUCACAACUUCUCUUUAUGUGUGAUUUUUUUUUUAAAUGGACCUUCUCUAAAAAAAUAUAUUUCAUUUAAUUUUAAUUAACAUAAUAACAUCAUUAAGAUAUCACAUAUUAAAUAAUUGACAUAUAUAACAACUCACCUAUAAAAUUGUCUUAUUUUUUGAUUAUAAAAAUAUAUUGAGAAAAAAAUCUACAAAAUCAUAUUAGAUAUUUUAAAUAUUAUUAUAAAAUGAAUCAUUGAUUAAUUUCGUGAUUAGUACUCUAAUAUUAUUAUAAAUUAAUGUUAGUUAAUAUUUUAUUAUAAACAAAAUUGUAUACUAUUUUCUUCAAAUUUCUAAUUAUAGUCUAUAUUAUCUAUUAAAUUAGAAGUAAUGAAUUCUUUCAUGUAUUGUUUUAUAAUUUGGACCAUCCUUUAAUUUUUAAUUAAAUAUAUUUUAUUAAAACUAAUAAUAUAUAGAAUCUUUGAACUAACUUAAUUACAAUAUAUUUUGAUAUAUUUUCAUUUUAAAUAUAAAUAUAUAUUUUAAAAGUUCUAACAAGUCUGUUUAAAAGAUUUAAACAAGAUCUUAAUUUUCAAAAUUAUAUGUAAAUAUUUUCAUUAAUUUCGAAAUUAGUUAUGAAAUAAUAUCAUACAUUUAUAUAUGUUAUAAUAUUAAAAUAUAAAUUCUAUCAUUUUAUCAAAUAUAUAAUCAUAAUCAAUCAUUUAAAGAGAAAGUAUUAAUUAUUAUAUUGUGCUAAAUAUGAUUAAAUUAUAUUAAAUUAUUAAUUUUAUAUAUUUUAUUUUUUGUAAGUAUUUAUAUUCGAAAUGUAAUAUGUAGGUAACACAUGUUAAUAUUAGAAAACUAUAUAAUACAUGUAUAUAAAUUAACAUGUAUUUCAACAAAGUUAAUAAUACAAAUCAUUUAUGCAUGAUAACUUUUUAUUUUAAAUAUAAAUAUAUACAUAUAUAUAUAUAAUUGUUUUAACAAAUCUUUUGAAAAUAUUAUAGCAUUAUGUUAAUUUUCAAAAAUUUUAUGUGACUAUUUCAACUAAUUUCGUAAUUAGCAAUGAACUAUUAUUAUGCAUAUAUAUAUAUAUACACAUAUAUAUAUAUAUAUAGUUAUCAUUUAUAAAAUAAAAAAUUACCUUUUUUUUUGCUCAAAAAAAAAUUACCUUUUUUAUCAUUUUAUAAUAAUAAUAGUUCAUAUUAAAUGAGAUUAUUAUAUUGAACUAAAUAUGAUAACAUUAUAUUAAAUUGAUAAAUUUGUAAAAACUGUUUUAUAAAUACAAAAUAUUUAUGCUAAAAAUAUAAUACGAUGGUAUAACGACUUAACAUUCAAAAACUAUAUAAUACAUGUAUAAAAAUCAACAUAUCUUAGACUUUUGUAUAUAUAAUAAUAUAUUAUCUGAAAGAAAUAAAUGUAAAAAUAUUGCUAAUAGAAAACUUAGUUUUGAAGGUCGGUGGGUCAAAACUGAAUAUAAAUUUAAUACAAAAAUAAUAUUUAAUAUUUUUUUAAUUCAUAUAUUAAUUUGUUAAAUAAAUAUAUAUACAAUAAAUGAUGUAAAAAAUAUUUAUGUAUAUAAAAUGAAAAUAAACACCCGCACGGUUGUGCGGGUCGAAAUCUAGUUUAAUAUUUAAUUCUAUAAGUUUGAAUUAUUUUACUGAUACUUAAUUAUAUAAGUUUAACUAGAAUAAAGUCUAUCGGUUUAGAAUAGAUCUGCUAAGAAUUUAUUAUCCAAUUUACUAUCAUAUAUUGGAUCCGAUAUUAAUUAAAAAUUGAACCAAUAUAUUAUCCAUUAUUUUAUUUUUAAUUUGCAGGUCCGAUACAAACCUCGACCAUAUAAAUAUGUAAUACUUAAGCAAUUUUUUGCAUAAUUUAACAGUGAUUACGAAAAAAACUUAUACAGUCAUAUAAAUAUAAAUAUGUAAUACUUAAUAAAUUUGAUUUAUAAUUAAAUACUUAGAAGAAGAAGAAUAUAAUAAAAUACAAGUCUAUUCCAUGUGUUUAUAACUUAAAAAUAUGUAAACAUGUAAUAAGUAAUGCUAUAUACAUUUUACCCCGCACAUGGUGCGGGUUAUCACCUAGUUUUAUAAUAAUUGGCUUUAUAUCUACUUUUCAUGGCAACCAAAUAAUUUAGCCCUAAUAGCUUGAUACUGAUUUUUCUGUAUCAUAACUACCGUUGGGGUGGUGUCCGGAUACCAUUCGGAUUCGGUUCGCGUCUCAGGUUUUCGGAGUUAAGACUUUCAGCCUCAUUCGGGUAUUUAUAAAUUUUUGGUUAGUGUUCGGAUCUUUUCGGAUUUGGUUCGGGUUCGGAUAAUCUGUUUAUAUAAGUUUUAAAAUUUUAAAAUUUAUUAUAUACUUCAAAUUUCUCAAAAUCCAAAAACAAAAUAAUAUAUUACAUAUAAAUUUGAAUAAGAUAUGCCAAAAUACCUAAACUUAACAUAUAAAUUUGUUUGGCUUGAAUAUCUGGAUAGAAAAUCAAUAGAUAUUUCAAGUAUUUUUGGUGUUUUGAGUAUUGUUUAACUAUUUUAGAGAUUUACUUUUGACUAUUUCUAUAUCUUUUUAAUUAUUUUGGAAAACUUAUAUCUACUAUAUUUUUAUAUAUUAAAUCUAAAAUAAUUAAAAUAUGUAGGUAUAUAAAUGUAUUUUGGACACAUUCGGGUACUCGAAAUACUUUCGUUCGGGUCAGAUUCAGAUCUGGUUCUCUAGAUAGAAACAUUUUAAAGUCGUUCAGAUAUUUUAUCAAUUUUGGUUUGGGCUCGGUACUACUUUUCCGUUUCGAAUUUGGUUCAGUUCUUCGAAUUUAGAUUUUUGCCGAGUCUUAACUCCCCUAUGUUAGAAACCCAUUUUGAAAUCAGAAUGUUCUCUUUGUCAGAUAAAUGGAGAUGGCAAACAGGCUGUCCCGUCCUGUCACGUCCUGGACAACAGCGGUAUUGUCUUCAAGCGGAUCACGGCGGGUCAGGCCCGCCAGAGCUUGAAUCAUCAUCGCCGGAGCUCGAAUCGUAAUCUCCAGAGCUCGAAUCGUAAUCUCCAGAGCUCGAAUCGUCAUCGUCGUUUCAUUUUCUCAGGAAAAGUCACACGAAUCACCUUCUUCUCACUCUCUUUUUUUCAAGUAAACAAGAAAUUAAGAAGAAAAAAAUACGGGUCUUUGUAAUCCCGCAUGGCCUGCUUCAGUCCAUCCCGAAAAAGCCCAGUCCCGCAACAACCCGUCCCGUGAGGCCUACUAACUUGCGGACCUACAAAAUCCCGGUCCAAUACUGUCCGCCACAGUCCUUUACGGACCAGGUCCAUGAUUGACAUCUCUACAGAUGAGCAAAGAAUAACUUGAGUGUAAAUAUACUCUUAAAAAGAAUAUGAUGCACGUUUGGCAUUCCUUCCAUCCUGAAAAAUGGAAUAGUUUGUUUUCCUUGAUAAGUUAAGAAUAAAUAGUUACCUUACUAGAAUUUAUUCUUUGCGUCUUACAAAUCAUGAUGAUCAAUGUCAACACAAGCAAAAUUCUUUGAGUAUAAUUUUCAUGUAAACAAAGAAUAAUAUAAUAUGGUGAUCAUAUCUUAGUAUUAUAUUUUAAACUACUUGAACGUAUGCAUAUAUAAAGAAAGCUCUCAUCAUUCAUAAAUCAAAUGUAAGAAAACUCUAAAAAUACUAAUUAAUUAAAAAACAUAUAUUUAUAUCAUCUAUGGAAAUACUUAAGAAAGUUUAUGCAUUAUAUCCAACUCGCGGGCUAAAAUGCGAUGGUUGCAAUCUUGGUGAAAACUACUAUGGUGAUGGUUAUCGUUGUUUUCGUUCUGGAAUCUUCUUUCACAAAGAGUGUGCUAAUUCUAGCCUAGAGAUUUGCAACCUCUAUCAUCCACAACAUUCUUUGAAAAUUAAGGUAUGUGCAAAGAACAAUAAUGUGCAAGAAGAAUGCAAAGUUUGUAGAAUUAAUUUGCCAAAAAUGUAUUAUUAUUGUUCUAUAUGUGAUUUUGCCAUCGAUUUGAUAUGUGUAAAAAAAGAAGUUAAGAAAGAGAUUGGAGAUUCAAAGAUCCAUGAGCAUCCAUUAUCCCUUGUUCCUGAGAUGGUUAGCUUUACUUGUCAUCUAUGUCAAGUACUUGAUGACCGGUUUCCUUUUGUAUGUAAUUUAUGUGAUUUGAGUUUUCACCAAUAUUGUGCCGAAUCCAUAUCAGAGAUCAACUAUUCUUGCCAUCCUCAACACCCUCUCAAGCGUUACACGCGUGUUCCAAGUCGCACUGGUGGAAAAUGUUGCUUGUGUGGGAACAAGCUUCAUAACGUCUUUUAUCAUUGUUCAGUUUGCAAUUUCAGCGUGGAUAUCAACUGUGUAAAGAAACCACCUCCUUUCAGUCUUCACCACCCUAAAGCUCAUGAGCAUCCAAUCAUUCUUAUGCCGCAAAGAAGUUUUGUUUGUAAUGCUUGUGGGAUGGAUGAUGACCCAAAUCCUUAUGUAUGUCCUCAAUGCAAUUUCAUGAUCCAUAGAAAUUGUGUUGAUAAACCACAAGUCAUAAAGAUCAAUCAUCAUGACCACCGCAUUUAUUACAAUCAUUAUCUUGAUUCUGAUGAUUGGGAAUGUGGAGUGUGUCAAAAAGAGAUGAAAUGGACGUGCGGAGCUUAUUCUUGUCUGAAGUGUCAAGAUUUUGCAGUUCAUCUAAGAUGUGCCACAAAGUUCGGGAUUUGGGAUGGGAUUGAGCUUGAAGGUAUAUCAGAAACUAAUAUCGAGCUCAAGUCAUACGAAGUGGUUGAAGAGGGACUUAUAAAGCAUUCCGGUCACCAAAACCAUGUUUUGAAGCUCAAAGAAGAAAGUGAUGGUGAUGAUGAAGGCAUAGUUUGUGAAGCAUGUGUAUAUCCUGUAUUUUGUGGCCCAUUCUACAGUUGCACAGAGUGUGAUAAUUAUAUUCUUCAUCAGAAAUGUGCCCAUCUCCCAAAAAAAAAAAUAGAUUCCUUCUACAAGAUGGAGAUUACUCUAUUCCCAUGUGACAAAAUGGAAACAAUAUUAGGGCUUUGUGAAGUUUGUCAACACUUCUUUCAGGGUUUUCGGUACACAACUAAGGAUGAUAUAACCCUUGAUAUGCGAUGUGGUUCUAUAUCCGAACCUUUCUUUCAUGAAAGCCAUCCUCAUCAUCCGUUGUACAUCGACUUUUCAGGCAAUAAAACUUGUAAGGCUUGUGGAGAUGAGGCAACUUUCAUUUUGAGCUGCCAGGAGUGCGGAUAUGUUUUGGACAUUAAGUGUCCUUUCUUACCAAAUAAGGUGAAACACAAAUAUGAUAAGAAUCAUUUUCUGUUUCUAUGCUACGGAAAAGACACGAGUGACCAAUACUUAUGUGAAAUUUGUGAGGAAGAACUAAAUUCAGAGAAAUGGUUCUAUAGAUGUGAUGAGUGUUGUAUUACAUUUCAUAUCAAAUGUACACUCGGAGACUUAAUUAGUCUAAAGCAAAUAGUUGAUGCUGAACCAAUCAAAUUGGAGGUGAUACGCAACAUUCAUAUGACCAGGUUAGUUUGUGAUGUAUGUCAUUCUCGCUGCCACUUUCCCUACAUGUUGAAGUGUUCUUCUCCUUUAGGCGUGGACACUCUUUGUUCUUUACAAUGUUUUCGGCAAAAAUACUUCCACAAAAUGACUCCAUUAUAUGAAUUGUCAAUAGAUUAUUAAUUAUUUAAUAUUUUAUAUUAGAUGAGACGAAAAGUAAAUGUAUUCUCAGAAUAUCUAAUUAUAUAUAAAAAUGUUGGAGUCUCUCCUGCUGAGGACACGUCAGAAAGUCUUUCAAUAUAGGGGCGACGCGUUUCAUUAACUUUCUUCCGUGAUUUAUGUGGGCUUCGCUGUGUGUUGUUUGGGCCCAAUAAUGUCCUCGAGGACCCAUGUCGCUAUCGUGAAAAGCAAGACCCUUCAUCCGCACCGUUCUGGAGUUUAGGGUUCAUCACAAUCUUCGAUCUCCGCCAUUAGAGAGGCUGAGAUGCAGACAGAGGUCAGCGUGACAAUUCCGUUCAUUGGGGUUUCAAUCGUGUACAUCUCUUCUAUACUCACUGUUUCAUUUAAUCGAUGGUGUCAUGGGCUUUGUUCGGUUAAUCUUCUUUUCUAAUUGACCAAAACGUUUCGAGUUAUAGAUUCAUUGCCUUUAUGGCCUUCUUAACUCCAUCCACCAAGAUCUGACAUUGAAUGCAAGUUUCUCUUCUGUAAGGCGGUGUACCCGCAACUAUAAAAGUUUCUAUGUAGUUAGAUGAGUUCCAACGAGCGGUUGCAUAUAGCUACGACAAUGGUUUGAAAGAUAGACUUGAGACAGGCAUCAUGAGUUUGGUUUCGCUAUUGUUCUACCUCCCCUGAAAAGUUCCUAGCUUCUCUGGCUUCUUGAACUAUAUGUCUGGUUCUAAAAACUCUGUUAGAAAGUGGAAAGUCUUAGAUCACGUAGACUCUGUUGAUGUGUUGUUCGCUUUUGCUCCAAAAAGGUCAGUCUCAAUCCCUGAACAUCAUACUCCCCCUCUUACUAAUCUUACAAGAGAAACCUCUUCUCAGUAUUAUGGUUAACUCAUGUUCAUUAUAGUUUCGUUUUUUUUUCUGUUUUCAGGCAACACUCAUGCUCAGGCCUGCUCAUGCUAACCACCGUCAACGUCCACCGUCUCACCACUUAUGUGACUCGGCGCAAUCAGAAUUUUAUACUGCCCGAGUCUCCUCUAUUGAUUCGUUUCAACGAUUCAACCACUUUGGAUGAGAUAACCGACUUACCUUACUAAGUUGAGUGCACUCCGCCAUAUCAGUUAGGUGAAAGGCUUACUCUUCCACCAUAUAUUGUUCAUCAUGUAAGCAUAAUCAUUCUCAUUCUGUGAUUUUAGCUCUCUUUGCAUUGAUCAACAACAACAUUUAGUAAUCCACAAAUCUAAAGUUGUCCUCUUUAUGUAACAUAGGAGAGUUGUUUAGAUUUGUAGAUUUUUAGAAUCGUAGAAUUCUUUUUGUGUCACUUGAAAUAAUCUUGGGUUGACUUUUGUAUGGUAGCAGAGUUGUACGUCAUGAAGUAUCACUUUUCAUGAAUGUUCAUUAUGCCAAUGUAACCCAAGUAAAAUGGUCUGUGCAGGUGUGUUUCUUGCAGCAAUAUUCAUAUGGUCCUAGGCCCCAGCCUUCGAGCAAGAUCGUAGAGCUAGCUGAGCGUAUAGCAGCAUUGUCUCCAGAAGAGCGGAAACAAAUUGGUCAUGCACUCAGUAAACACCUGCGGCUUCAGGAACAACAAAUGAUUUCGUUCUAAGGCAUGAGGGAGAGAGCAAAACAAGAGGCUGGAACCAAAAAAAAGGAAAAGCCUGUGUUCUUAAAAUACCAGUUUAUCUGGUUACAAGGCACUUUGGUGAUCAAUGAUUCUCUCACAAAAAGUUAGUUUAAAAUGCUCUGAAACACUGGUGGGAUUCUACAGAAUCAGCAUCGUACGUUUGUUUGUGAGAAAUGCAGGGUUUUACAAAGCUUAUGGAGGGUGGCUUUGAGAUAAGGUUGGUUGAUGAUGAUUUGUGAUUGUACAUUUGUACUCAUAUGAACAACGUAGUAUAGCUUUCCACUAGCCAUUUCAAAUUAUUUGCUUAUUUCCUUUUCACCUGUAAAUAUCUUUUAAAAUAUUAUGUUGUAACUUUGGAAACCCACUUUGAGUAUGAUCGAUUGCUCAUCUACAUA